AUGGCUGAUGAGUUUGAUGCAGCAGGGUGGGCACAGAUCCAUCAUGCUGCUCAGCGAGGCUUCACCAAGUCUAUCACCUUCUUCCUGUCAGAUGAUGCAAGUCUACUGGAGCUGGAAACCACGGAUGAGCUUCACCUCACUCCGUUCCUCUGUGCUGUGGAUGGAGGCAAAGAAGACUCCAUCAAACUUUUGAUGGAACAGGGGGCCAAUGUUGAGGCUUUGAGUUCCUUAAACCAUGGCGCAGUGGAAAUCUGUGCCAACAAGUUCUACAUUGACCUCCUCACAUAUUUCAUGGACCUCGAUGACCCACGAAUACCUGUGUGGAAACAUCUGUUGCGAUAUGUGUCAUCAGAGGCAGACGAGGAGGCAGAGGCAGCUGGGAAAUGUCUGAGGACCAUGACACAGGGAAGUGAGGAAAGUGGUUUAAAUCCAAACUGGGAACAUCUGUACAAACAUGGAGGGGUACCUGUUAUCGUCAAGGUAGCCAAGGGAAGCAGUAUAGCUGAUGAGGCAAAGAUCCCAGCAUUUCAGACACUACUAAACGUUAUUGAGAAACAUGAAGUGAAGGAACAAGUGAUAAGCUCGGGGGGUAUUCCUACCUUCAUCAAAUUACUGAAAUCCCCUUGUAAUCAUGUCAUUCAACUUUCUGCUGAAAUUCUUAAAGAAAUGGCAACUGAGAAAGAAUAUGCUGAUGUUGAAUCACAGAAUAAUGCCAUUCAGACACUGGUGAAAGUGAUGCAGACAGUUCGUGACGAGGAGGUACUUGUCCAGGUACUUGAAUGUCUUGGAAACAUCGCAGAGGCCAAUACAAAAUUAAAAUCUCAGGUUGGAACUUGUCCUGGAUGUAUUCCUACUAUUGUGGGAUUAUUUGAGAACCAAAAAGACAAAAACCUUCUUCACUCGCUUGCUCGAGUGGUAGGUAAAAUAGCUGAUAAGGAUGAAGUGAAUCAGAACAGCUUUAUUGAAAAUGGUGUCACGCCUCAUAUCGUGGUUCUCACAGCAACACGCAAUCGUGAUAUUCAAGUGUCUGCUGUGGAGGCCAUCAGUAAAGUGGCUGAUAACAAUAAAAAGACACAAAAAGCCAUUCUAGCUGACAAUGUACAGGAACAUUUACUGCGCCUGCUAAAGAAUACAAGGGCAAAAAUAGUGUUAGAAAAAACAGCGCUGGCCCUGUGGUCACUGGCUGGUUCUGACUUCGACAUAAGACGUUACAUGGCGGAACGAAUGGAGGUUAAUCUGAUGAUCGAGUUUGUGAACUCUAUGUCAGAAAAUUUACAGUACAUUGGGGCAGAGGGUUUAAGUGUCUUAGCUCAAGGUCCUCUUACUUACCAGUCUGAAAUUGCACGGCUGAAUGGUAUUGCUCCUCUGGGCAGGCUAAUCCAGAGCAACCAGGAAUACAUUAUCCUGAGUGUUGUACGGUCUAUACGUCACCUUUGUGUGGGUGUGGCUUAUGUCCCUCACAGACCCAAUCAAAAUACCAUACUGCAGUUCCGUGGCAUAAAGUACCUCGUAGCCCUGAUGGUACACUCGGAGAAUGAGAAUAUUCAGGUCGAGUCAGCUCUCACUCUGGGCUGUGUAUCCAUGUGUAACCAGGCGGCACUUGACGAUAUCUACCAGAAUAUUGACUUCAGUUACGUACGAAUCGUGAAGAUGAUGUACUCUAGUAUACCUGAGGUUCGUUUGCUGGCUGGAUCGGCUUUAGCUGCCUUCGCUUAUAACAAUAUCAAUCAACAAAAGCGUAUAGCAGAUCAGGGAGGCGUGCGCUUCAACUGCUUUGUGCCAUUUUUACAGUCGGAUGAUGAAUACUUCAGGUGCAACGCAGCUUUCCAGGUCGUGGUUCUGUCUAAGAUUAUCCCAGACGAGGAGCAGGCUUUAUCUUCAGCAGCAGGAAUUAAACUGUUGGUGGACCUCUUACAGGAUUCUACCUCUAAUGAUACUCUGGCACUGGCCACAGAUUGUGUAGCACGUCUGGGACACACACGGGCAGGUGUUCCAGCAGCUAUGGUAUCUAUCCACGCCGUGGAACAUCUUUGUACUCUACUACAACAUAAGGCUGAACAGGUCCGGGGUAACGCCGCCAUUGCCCUUGGUUACCUGUCCUAUAACCACUCAGCAGAGAGACAACUCCUCAACAGGUGUCGCUCCAGCCCCUACCUCAUCCGAGUAUUGCUGUACUAUACAAAACAAAGUAAGAUCAGCCCUGCCUUCCUGGAGAGUUGGAAACACUACAAGAAGAUUGGUCUGCCUCCAAUCCCUGAGGGACGUCCGAGCCUCAUAGGAUUCAAGCCUGAAGGCAUCAAUGAAAAUCGUCCAAUCACAAUGCUUAGUCUAGACGAAUCUAAUGCCAACACGAGAAGUUUAUCAAACCUGAUGGCUGAUGAUGGAGGAGUCACCGGUAGGUCAUCACGAAUGACCAACACUGCGGCCACUCCACGAAUGUCGAAUACACCCCUACAGCCAAUUGACGCCAACCUUAGUGCCAGUCAAAUGUCCCUAGAUUCCCAGAAGUCUAGUACCUCACUCAUGCAACAAGAAGUUCUAGCUGCGGAAUAA